ACUAGUUGAAACGUUCAGCCGCUAAGACGUACGGAAGAAACGAAAAAAAAAAAAAAUAAGUUUAUUGAAAAAAAAAAAAAAAUCAAAAUAAUAGAAACAAACACGUACAACUGUGAUAGAAAAUAUAUAAAUUAAAAUAAAAAAAACAAAUUUAAGAAAAAAUUAUACAAUUUUUGCAUAAUACGCAACAAUUGUUUUUUGAAGGAAGCAACCAAACAACAGCAACUACUUUAAGGCGUACUACUAAAAACAGCUUUAAAGUAUUACAACAAAAUAACUAUAUAUUUUAAAUUUAACACAUAAAAAACUUGUUUUUUUAAAAACCAAAAAACAAAAAAAAUGUCAGUCAAUCGUGCACCAAAGUCUGGCUUUGCAGCUGAAGCUCAACGCAAGAUCAACUCCAAAUACAGCGAAGAAUUGGCCCAAGAAUGCUUGGAAUGGAUUAAGGUGAUUACCGAUGAACCCAUUAACACCUCUGGUGAUAUGGAUAAUUUCUUUGAAGUCUUAAAGGAUGGUGUUUUACUAUGCAAAUUGGCCAAUUGUUUACAACCUGGUUCGGUUAAGAGAAUCAAUGAAAGUAAAAUGGCCUUUAAAUGCAUGGAAAAUAUUUCAGCUUUCUUAGAAUGUGCCAAAAACUUUGGUGUACCCACACAAGAAACUUUCCAAAGUGUUGACUUGUGGGAAAGACAAAACUUGAACUCGGUAGUCAUUUGCAUUCAAUCUUUGGGCAGAAAGGCCCAUAACUUUGGUAAACCUUCCAUUGGUCCCAAGGAAGCUGAUAAAAAUGUACGCAACUUCUCGGAGGAACAAUUGCGUGCCGGUCAAAAUGUCAUUUCCCUACAGUACGGUUCCAACAAGGGUGCCACACAAUCUGGCAUUAACUUUGGCAACACCAGACACAUGUAAAAUGUCUACUUAACACACAACAACUAUAACACAUACUUCUUCAUCUGUACAAUCAAAUUUUAUAUGUAUUUUAAUUUAAAUCCCAAGAAAAGAAGAAAAAACAGCUUGGUUCUGUUUUUUUUUUUUGUUAACUCUUUAAGACAUUCCAUAUGUUCUAUUGCAGCGCAUUCCUUUUUAUUAUUAUUUUUUUAAUUAAUAUUUAAUUUUCAAAGAAUUAAUUAAACCACAACAAAUGUAUAAGUUAUAAAAGUGUAUUUUUUUUAAAUUAAUUAACUUUACUCAAAUUCAUAAUAAUAAUAAUUUUCUUUAUAUUGUCUUUAUAAUUUAUAAGUUCAUACAUAUUUUACUUAUAUAAAUGUUGACACUUUUUAUACAUUAAUAUAGCUUUUGUGUUCUUUUUCUUUUAAAUUUUAUUUAAUUUUACUUUCAAAACCCAUAUCAUAUCAAUUAGUUUUUGUUUUCUUUUACAAUUCAAUUGGCACCAAAUUAGUCUUUCAAAAUAUAUAAAAAACAAAGAAUUGCUCUCGUAUACAUAUAGAAGAAAAAAAUGUAUUUAUUACCACUUUAUAUUGCUGUUGAGGUUUAUAAAUAUGUAUAUUUUUUAAACAUAUUUUAUAAUGUGCCAUUAAAAAUAAUCUAAACUUUUACAACACUCAAAAUAUUUGCAAGUGUCCUUAUCUUUCAAAACCCAAACACAAAUUUUCAAAUCACCCCAACAUGAUUUCAAAAAUCAUCCGCCAAAUUUGUCUUCUAUCAGUAAUUUAUUCUUCUAUAUAUUUUUUUGGUAAUAAAUAAAUAAUAAAAUAAAUAUUUUAUAAAAUAA